GACGUGGGGAAUGUUUAUUGUUGGUGAGCGCGGUUAAAAAGCGUACUGACAUGCCGUGACGUUGUCCAACAAUGUUUUGGUUCCUGGCGGUGACGUAAUACACAAAAACAUGGUUCCCUUGUUUUGAACCCGUAAAGCGUGCUAAGUGUUUUCUCUCAACUUCGCCACACACGGAGAUGCAUUCGCGAAACUGAGUGGCCGGAAAACAAUCGUAAAAGACGAUGGCUCAGGCCGCAGAGACGUGUGCUGAAUCCGGACGCAGGCUGCGCUCCAUCUCCCGGACGAUGUACGACGAAAACGAGGACCUGUCUGACGUGGAGGAAAUUGUAAACAUCAGAGGGUUCAGCGUGGAGGAAAAGGUCCUCAGUGACAGCUACAGCGCAGACUUUGUCCGGGUGAUGGAGGGUAAAGACUUCACUUAUGAGUAUGUGCAAAGGGAGGGUCUAAGAAUCCCUCUCAUUUUUAAAGAGAAAGAUCAAUUAGGGAUCAGAAUGCCAGAUCCAGAAUUCACAGUCAGUGAAAUUAAAGGACUAGUUGGCAGUCGCCGGUCUGUGGACGUUAUGGAUGUGAGCACUCAGAAAGGUUCUGAAAUGAGCAUGGCUCAGUUUGUCCGCUAUUAUGAGACGCCAGAGGAAGAGCGGGACAAACUGUUCAAUGUCAUUAGCUUGGAGUUCAGCCACACCAAGCUGGAGAACCUCAUCAAGCGUCCCACAGUGGUGGAUCAAGUGGACUGGGUGGACAACAUGUGGCCUCCUGGUUUGAAACAAAGCCAAACUGAAGCCACCAAUAUCAUCUCAGAGAUGAAAUACCCCAAAGUGCAAAGGUAUUGUUUGAUGAGCGUGAAGGGCUGCUACACAGAUUUCCACAUCGAUUUUGGGGGAACUUCAGUUUGGUAUCACGUAUUCAAGGGACAGAAAGUGUUCUGGCUUGUGCCUCCAACUCCCUAUAACCUUGCCCUGUAUGAGGACUGGGUCCUGUCAGGCAAGCAGAGUGAUGUCUUCCUGGGAGACCGAGCUGAUGGAUGCCAGAGAGUGGAGCUUCAACAAGGAUACACCUUCUUCAUCCCAUCUGGGUGGAUCCACGCUGUCUACACUCCCGUGGACACACUGGUGUUUGGAGGCAACAUUCUGCACAGCUUUAACAUUCCUAUGCAGCUUACCAUCUAUGAGAUAGAGAACAGGACAAAGGUUCAUUCCAAGUUUCGUUUCCCCUUCUAUUAUGAGAUAUGCUGGUAUGUCCUGGAGAGAUACCUGCAUUGCCUUACCAAACGGUCCUACUUUUCUCAGGAGAUCCGUAAAGAAUCUAUGGAUUUUGAGACAAAGUCAAAGACAGAAAGCCCCUCCUCUGACUCAAGGAGUCAAGACAUGAACGAGGACUCGUGUGGGACUCAUGUCAGAGAUGAGCAGGGUGAAAAACUAGAGAGAGUUCCUCAGGAUGGACCCUGCACACCCGACAAUGGGAAGGGCCAACAUCUCAAAGCUGUUUUAUCCAUCGACUCUGAGGACAGCUGUAACCCCAGCUCGGCCUCUUUAGAUUUCCCCAAAACUCCUUCAGACUCUCCGAACUCAGAGCCUCAGAAUAAAUGGAUUCAUUUAACAGAGUUUGAACUGAAUGGGCUAAGGACGCUGAUUGAAAAGCUCGAGUCACUCCCGGAAAAUAGGAAAUGUAUUCCAAUGGGAAUAGAGAACCCCCAAGCGCUGUUGGAUGACUUAAAGGUUGUCUUAAAGGAACAUACUGAUGAUGACCCUAAAUUAGCCAUCACUGGAUAUCCUGUGGUGUACUGGCCUAAGAAAACCAUAAAGCCCCGGCCUCCCAACCGGCCGAAACCUAAGAUGGCAGCAUCUCCUGCAUCAGCGGUCAAGCUGUCGGCCAGCCGGGGUACAUCUGGAGCCAGGAGGAGACGGACACGCUGUCGGAAAUGCGAGGCGUGUCUGCGGACGGAGUGCGGAGAGUGUCACUUCUGCAAAGACAUGAAGAAGUUCGGCGGGCCAGGACGCAUGAAGCAGUCCUGCAUCAUGAGGCAGUGCAUUGCUCCCGUCCUACCCCACACAGCAGUGUGUCUCGUCUGUGGCGAGGCAGGCAAGGAGGACACCGUGGAGGAUGAGGAAGAGAAGUUUAACCUUAUGCUCAUGGAGUGUUCCAUCUGUAACGAGAUCGUUCACCCUAACUGUCUCAAGAUUAAAGAUUCAAAUGGAGUAGUCAAUGAUGAGCUGCCAAACUGCUGGGAGUGCCCAAAAUGUAACCAUGCUGGGAAAACUGGAAAACAAAAAAGAGGCCCAGGGUUUAAGUAUGCAUCCAACCUUCCUGGCUCGCUGCUCAAAGAACCGAGGUUAAACCGAGAUUCAAAGGAAGAGCCAGACCUACCCAUGGUGGCGCCAACACCUAUUCCUGCCUUGACUACCACAUCUGCUGUGAAGAGAAAGGUGGAACGGGAUGUAAUCGCAAAGAAAAAUGACGAGGAGCCUCCUAAAAAACGCCCCCCUUUGCUUUCUCUAGAUGGUAUGCCCCGGCCGAGAUUGGAGGACAAUCCUCUUAGGAAAAAGAGGAAACUUUUUGACACAAAUGAUGAGCCUAGCUUUGUUAAAAAGAAGAAGAAGCUUUCAAAACCGGAUGAUUCAUUUACUUCGAAGCUGCUUCAGCAUAUUAAGAGAGAGAAUGAUCACGGUGAUGAAGAAGACGACCAGGAGGAUCAUGAAGAAGAUGGGCUGUCCUUGGAGAGGAUGCAUUUAAGGGAGAAAAAUGAGUAUGACGAUGAGGACCAAGAUGGGGACGCUGAGGAAGAGGUGACGGUGAAAAAAGAGAGGGACAAUAAUGCAGAGGACAAAGCUAAGGUCCUUCUAAGCCCGCUGCUGAGAACGUCCGCAGCCAGAGAAAGUGACCAGACAUCCUCCAACUCUCCCAGAGCGGGACCAAGCAGUGAGUCGGGAGAAGCCCAAGAGAGAAGCUCCGCUCAGCUUAAAGCACGACAUCAGCGUAAGCGGCUACCCAACAAGGAGGCGAGCAAAGAGUUCAGCCAGGAGACUCCGAAGAUAGAAGACUGUCUGAGCAGCCAGAAGCUGGGCUCAGUGAAGAAGGAGGAGGACAGCCCAGCCAACCUCAAUCGUCGACCACUUAAGACCGAAGACUCCCUGACUAAUCAGAACCGAAAACCACUAAAAACUGAGGACCCACCUGCUAAUCCGAGCCGUAAAGCCCUUAAAAUGGAAGAAGGCGUAAACAAUCAAAACAGACUGCCGCUGAAAACAGAAGACAGCUUGACCAAUCAGAAUCAAAGGCCAGUGAAAUCUGAGCCCGAGAGUGAAGUGGACGAACAGAAGCCCAGGUGGCCUCUUAAUAAUGGCAGCAGCGACCUGGGCGACUGGCUGCGACACCGGGGGCGGGAGAUGAACGGAACGCCGCGUGGCUACUCGCCGCUUGGUUGGAACAGAAACACACCGAUCGCACCAAUAUGCCCUCGACCGCUUCCCUGCCGGUCGCCACCAAAGUGUAUCCAAAUGGAGCGCCACGUGAUCCGGCCCCCUCCCAUCAGCCCCCCGCCCGACAGACUGCCCCUGAACGACGGCGAAGCGCAUGUGAUGCAGCGAGAGACCUGGAUGAUGGUGUUCGGUCACCUCAGUCACAGAGAUCUCUGCGUCUGCAUGCGUGUCUGCCGAACCUGGAACAGAUGGUGCUGUGACAAAAGGCUCUGGAAGCACAUCAAUCUGAACCGCUGCAAAUCCAUCACUCCCCUGAUGCUGAGCGGGAUCAUCCGCAGACAGCCGGUAGCCCUGGACCUCAGUUGGACCAACAUUUCCAAGAAGCAGCUCAGCUGGCUCAUCAACAGACUUCCAGGUCUACGUGUGCUGCUUCUCUCUGGAUGCUCAUGGGUAGCCGUCUCUGCUCUCUGCACCUCCAGCUGUCCUCUCCUGCGAACUCUGGAUGUUCAGUGGGUCGAGGGACUGAAAGAUGCUCAGAUGAGAGACUUGCUGUCGCCUCCCACAGAUAAUAGGCCAGGUCAGUUGGACAACAGGAGUAAACUGCGUAACGUAGAGGACCUGCGUCUGGCAGGGUUGGACAUCACCGACACGUCUCUGCGCCUCAUCAUUCGUUACAUGCCCCUCUUAUCUAAGCUGGACCUCAGCUACUGCAACCACGUUACUGACCAGUCGGUUAACAUCCUGACUGCUGCGGGGACAACCACCAGAGACUCACUCACUGACAUCAAUCUGUCAGUCUGUAACAGGGUCACAGACCAGUCGCUGACCUAUUUCAAGCGCUGUGGAAGCAUUUGCCAUAUCGACCUGCGAUACUGCAAACAGGUGACCAAGGAAGGAUGUGACCAGUUCAUCGCCGAAAUGUCCGUCAGUGUGCAGUUUGAACUCAUUGAGGAUAAACUGCUGCAGAAGAUCAGUUAGGCACACGGAUAACUCUGGUGUGAUUUUUUUUUUUUUUUUUUUUU